AUGUCUUCAAGAUCACCGUCGCCACCGAGAAGGACUGUUAUAGGGUCUAGCAGCAGUCGUUCGGACGACUCAGGAAGUGGGAGUAAGACGCAUGUGGAGGACUUGGUCAAAACGCGGAAUCGCAAGCUGGUGGAGCUGUAUUGCAUGUCUCGAUUGAGUGAGUUGCUUACGAUAAGGGAUGAGAAGGCUUUGAAGGCUGAGAUGGAUAGCUUCCUGCGACAGAAUGAUAUAAAAAAGGGACUGCGGUUUCGUAGCGAUACGCUACCGAGACAGCUGUGGCAAGCGGGGUCACCAAUGGGUACCGACCAGCCUGGCAGUGUGGUGGGUAGCGCGAAGAAAGCGCCUAGGAAUGUUGAUGCUGCCAAAAAGGUAAAGAACGAGCAGCCAAGAAGUAGCACUGCAGAUUCAUACAUGGCGCAAAAGGUUAAAAGCGAGCUCAAAAGGCCGCUGACUGAGAGUGCUGCAGGCGAGUUACCUCCAGAGAAGAAACUAAAGAUCAAUCGAGAUACCAGACCGAACACACUAGAGAGCGGUACGAAAUCUCAUUCGAGUUCGGUCCCUAACUUGAUAUCAAGUGCAGACGAGUUCGGUAAGGCAAGGUCUGCUUCCAUCUACGCUUCCCCCAUUCCUUCUGUGCCCAACCGGCCCAUUUAUUAUCCCGAUAUUGACAUCACACCAGCAGAACCCACCCCGCUGGGAGGGACAAAGAAGUGCCGGAACUAUUUGGUGGAUGAAGUCUCAAGGAAAAGUAUAGAACCGAUGGAUUAUUUCAAGGAAAACAACAUUAAUAGCAAGGAAUCAGUGUACUUACUUAUGAAGGAAAUUGUUCCUUCCGAGAUACCGCAAGCUUUGCCGCUUGCGGAGUUAAAGUAUAUGGUACAGACUUUACCACUCAUAAAACUGAUACCUAUGGCUCAUAAAGUUCUCACUACAGAUAUUAUGAACAAUGCUCUCAGCGAAGGCCGAAUAACCGUUGUGAGUUCAAGGAUCGAGGAGCUGCGAAGGCUUGGGUUAUGGUCUCUGAGGCAGCCUAAAAAAUUCGUUGAUGCGUGGCAGGAAGAACCUUCACAUUAUCGUACUCUUAUUGAGGAAGCAAAGUGGAUGCAGGCUGAUUUCAAAGAAGGCCGCAAAUACAAGAUAGCGGUUUGCGCAACAAUUGCACACGCUGUGAUGGAAUAUUGGUCAUUUGGUAAAGUGUGCUGUAUUAGCAGAAGACCUAUCAAACAUUUGUCAGCGGACGCGAAAGACGAAACAUCAGUGCUUUGUUCUGAUACGGCUGGGGAUAGCAGCGCCUGUGAGAAUGUGGUGAAUCAUACUCAACAAGACAGACAAAUACAGCCUAUUGAGCUGGCUGGGAACGAACCUGGCUCAUCGUCUGGAGAACUGGAUACAGAGUCUAUUGAAGCAACUGAGCAGAAUGUGACUUCCGUAUUGGAUGAAAAGCAAGCCGCUGAAGCCAUGUGUAAUGAAAAAGUUGAAGCCAUCGAUGUAGAGUUAUUGAAAAAAGGUUCCGACUCUCAAAAGGAACAUUUCCCUACCGAGUUGACAAAGGACAGCACAAACGAAAAGGAGGAUGACGGAAAAAGAUUUUCACAGUAUCCUUUCAAAUUGCAUUUGUCCUUUGAUGAACUCAACAAGACAGCUAGAACAAUUGCGCAAGAGAUUCCGUUAUAUAUAGGAACACAAACCGAAAGUAAUGCUUUAGAGAGCUUACCUUUUGUUGCUGUUUCGAAAUCUUUGGUUACUCUGGAAGACGACCACUUCCUGAAGCUAGUUGAGAAACAAAUUGUUGAAGAGGAGCAGUCUCUAGUGCAAUUGAGCAAACGAAGGGGAAUGUUUUAUGGGAACAGAAGAAGUCAUUACUUGAAGCCUCCACCUGCUCCGUCAUUAAAGUAUUUACAGAAUAGAACGCCAACUAUAUGGCUUCCAGAAGACGAUCAGGAGCUGGUGAAGAAUAUUAAUGCAUAUGCAUAUAACUGGGAGCUUAUAAGCGCCCAUAUGACUCAUAGGCCUACUAUGUCCUACUUUUCGAAUAUUGAGCGCAGAACUCCUUGGCAAUGCUUUGAAAGAUUUGUUCAAUUGAAUGAGCGAUUCAGUUUCAGCGACCUCAAAGGACCUCGUGCUCACAGCGUUCAUCAGUGGUUAUUGGAAGCACAUAAAUUCCAGCAGAAACAGAACAGAAGGAUUUCUCCUCUGGGCGUUGGUCCGGAGUCCAUUCAAAGGGGUCAUAGAAGGCUGCGUUGGGCCAGCAUGUUUGAGGCCAUGAGGAAAAACAUAAAGAAGAGGGAAAAUGCUCCACGACCUAACCCAACUCAACCGCGGAAGCCCUUAGAUUGCAAGAAUAUGAAGGUUCCAACGCCAGCAGAAAUGUCUCAGCUGAAAGCUCAACGAGAUGAAGCUUUGCGUCGAGACAUACAAAUGAGGCGAAAUGUUAAGAGCCGACUACAGCAGAAAUCUAGUCAAUCAAGCCCCAAUGUCACGCAGAGUCGAGUAGCUAAUAAACCUGGAAUGGAUUAUGUGAAUAGCAGCUUACCUAGGGAUUCAGGCGCUAGGCAGGUUUCUGCUCCAGCCCCCUCUCAAAGGCCACUUACUGAGCGUGAAAUUGUCGAGAGCUAUUCGAGGAAGAUACUGGCACAAAAGCCGGAGCUGUCCUUGGAAACGGCAAUGAAAGCUGCACAGAGCUAUUAUAAAUCAGGACAGCAGCGAAGAAUGCAGUUACAGCAGCAACAGCAGAAAUUGAGCCCUCAUAUACAGGCUGCAUCAGCACCAGUUCAACCAACCGAACGAAUGGAGCAGAAAGUCAAAGCAACUACAAACCACCUGAAACCUAAUCAUUCCGCUCCAAAUCCAGACAUGAAAUCACCCACUCCUCAGGAAAUAUUAGAACGGUUUCAAAAAUAA